AUUCCUGUGUUGGUAGUGUUUCGCAGUGGCGGAACUGGUCGUGGUGAUACGUUAUCUGGAUGUGAGCUGAUCGUCCCUUGUGGAUUCGGAAUGGAUUUCUGGGUGGCGCUACAAUUACGGACAGCUCGUGCGUCUGGAUGGCGUGAUGAACUCACUGCUCAUUUGGAAGCGUCACGGCUUUGUUUUCCAACAGAUGUAGUCGAUUCAUUAGCAGGGAAUGAAGAAAUCAAACGUAUGCAAUUAGAGCAUGAGGCCAAAUACGAUAAGCGACCUCAUAAUCGGCGUGUCAGCUACUGGCGGAAGCUUUCUAUCAAGUACCCUUUCACGUUCGAGUAUUCGGAAUUGGUUGGAGAGUGGCUCUCAGCGAAGGGAAGGAAACCUGUUGAGCAACCGUAUGUUCUUCGAGAUCGCCGUGCGUUAAUGUCCUUUUCGCGAUGGAUUCAAGGCAAAGAAAAAGUUCCAGGUUAGCUAAAGGAUCUUUAUGACAUUGUCUUUAAUAAGGAUCUUUGGAGCACUGAAGGCCAAGGUCUCCUGCGUGUGGUUUGUUUACAUUAUCAUUGUUUGUGUUUAUACAGGAGAACUAUUGGCCACACACGCUGGUGCACUAAUUGCUGUUGAACUGCAAUGUAUUGCCCGAGGAAAGCCGAGACGAUAUGGUCUAGUCUGCCUUCCUACAAAAGAUGAUUUAGAAAAGAUUAAAAAUCGACAUAAAAAUGGUCCAGUGAGGAUAGAACAGGAGCCAAGAGGUUCUCAUGAAAAAGCGGAAACGAGUGCAGUGGAGGUCGAGAACGUUGAAGAGAAAGCUUGUUAAUCGGAAGAAAAAGGAGAGUGCAAAGCGACGUCGUGAAGGUAGAGAAGAACGUUUGCGAGAACUAAAUGAGGAAAAGAAGGAAAAGGAGAGCACUCCCUACAGGGAAUCUGCAAACAGAAUGUGUUAAACUACCAGAUUCAACCUCUCGGUUUUCGAUCGAUAGCCACUAUUGCCGUCUCCCUUCUCGACGCGAUGCCAUAACACUGCAAUAA